AUGGUGGAAUCACAGAGUACAGAGGUAGAAGAUAAUCCCCAGUCGAAUCACAACCAUCCACUUCAUCUUCAAGCAUCAGACAUACCUGGUGUUGCCUUGAUUCCUAUGAAGCUCACAGGACCAGAGAAUUAUGGUGUGUGGAGCAGAUCUAUGCGAUUAGCACUACUAGUCAAAAAUAAACUUGGAUUUGUUGAUGGCACAUGUGUUAAGAAUUCGUACAAGGGAGAUCUGAUAAGUGCAGCAGUUGCACCAGAGUUGAUGACUAGCAUAGUAUAUGCUUCUAGUUCGAAGAAGAUUUGGAAUGACUUCAAGGAAAGGUUUGAUAAAUCCAAUUUGACAAGGAUUAGUAUAUUGUCACAAGGAACUGAUUCUGUAACAGCCUAUUAUUCCAAAAUGAGAGAUCUAUGGGAUGAGAUGGAUGUAAUGAUACCUUCUCCGUCUUGUGAUUGUGUUGAAUCAAGUUCACAUGCUGAACAUGUCAAACAACACAGGUUAUUGCAAUUUUUGAUAGGUUUGAAUGAGAGUUAUGCUCAAGUGAGGAGUUCUAUUUUGUUGAGUCCAUCUAUUCCAAGUGUAAACCAAGCCUAUGCAAUGGCUAUACAAGAAGAAAGUCAAAGGAAGCUAGGACAAACAGAAGGAGGUAAAGAACCUCUCACAAUGAUGGCAGGAAGAAGUGCUCAACCACAUAAUUUCGAUAAUCAAAUGAACAAUAAUCAGAGGAACAAUAAUCAGAUGAACAACAACAGUUUGCAUACUAAGAAGACUUAG